GGGCACGCAAGGAAUUAGGCCAGCGCGCUCUCAGCGCCCGGUCCCGUGGCUAGCGCUGCCUUCCAAAGCAACCAAAAGGGCGCGCGGGGGGCGGCACCACCCGCGUCGUCCGUGUCCCUAUCCCUUCAACAACUUAGCGCCGGGGGGCAACUCGGGAUCGACCCUUUACAAGCACACUCGCGCAGCAACAUCCCCCACCCCAGAAACGUGCAACGCGAUCGCCCCCCGUCCUAUUCGCCGCUUGCUUCCGCCACGGCCGGGAGGGGAGGAGCACUCGUGCCGCGCGUGCGCGCUUGAGUGGUCGAGAGAGAGUGUGAGCAGCUGGCGCCAUGGACCGGCGGGACUCGGAGGCGAGCGCGCCGGCAGCGGCCGCGGCGAGGCGGGCCGCGAACGGCACCGGCGGCGACGGGGCGGCCGCGGCGGGGCCGGAGCCCGGCGACGCGAACUUAGACACCAACAUGGUGAUCAUCCUGGCGGCGCUCUUCUUCGCGCUGCUGUUCGCCAUCGGGCUCAACUCGCUGGCGCGGUGCGCGCUCCGGUUCGGGGGCCGUGGCGCGGCCGGGGACGGCGGAGGCCGCAGCGGCGACGGGGUGGCGUCGGCGUCGGCGUCGGGCGGCGCGUCGUGCGUCCGCGGGAUAAAGAGGCGCGCGCUGCGAAGCAUCCCCGUGGAGGUGUACGGAGGCGGCGGCGUGGAGGGAGGCGGCGCCGCCGCCGGGGCGGGGGAGGAGGACGUGUGCGCCAUCUGCCUGGGCGAGUUCGCGGACGGCGAGACGGUGCGCGUGCUCCCGCGGUGCGGGCACGGGUUCCACGUCCCCUGCGUGGACGCCUGGCUGCUGUCCCGCGGCUCCUGCCCGACGUGCCGCCGCCCCGUGAUGGACGGCAGCAAGCCCGCGGCCGCCAAGGCCGGCGCCGCGGGCCAGAGCCGGCGUCGGCCGGAUGGCGACACCAUCGCCGUGGUCAUCGCUUGAUUCUCCCGGGGGGGAGCAGAGCAAUCGGAGCAGGCCUAGUGGUGGUAGGCAGGCGCGCAACACAAGCAAACGACACCUGACCAGUGACCAAGCAAAGGUACAGUUCUGGACUUCCGGGCCCGUGGCGUGGAUAAGCUCCUGUAAAAAUAUCUCCGUAGCCUA